GCCCGUUUCACAAGGCUGAUUUUUUUAUCACCGCUGUACCGCGACGCUCGGCAGUUUCACAGCACAUAAAGCCGUCCGUGGCGCAGCAGACAGCGACACCGCCGCGUACAGCAGCAGACGCGACACCGCUGGACGCUCUAGGCGCCGUAAACAGCGGAACAGCAACAGCUCCCUUCGCAGCCCUGAAACGCACCCGCGCCGCGACAGACGCCGCCGCCGGACGCCGUCCCAGCUCGCCGCCGCCGCCACCGCCGCAUCACACAAAAAAACAACCAUGGCCCUCGGCCAGCUCGCCCGCCGCGAGGGCGACGUCACGUUUACCAAAAACAACGCAAGAGGCAAGGCCAGCCUCACGCCGGGGACACGCUCCUUGCAACGCCAGCAGGCCGUCGCCCGCAAGCUCGCGACGAAAUCACAAAAGGCGCAGCGCGGCGGCGUGCUACCUUUGCACGAAAGGCCGGCUUCACCGUGCUCCGUGAUUAUGGAGGCUGAUAUGGAGACGGUGGGCCAGACCGCUUUGAAGGGCGCGCGCGUCGCCCUGCACGGCGCGAAAGUAGCGGGCGGCUACGGCAUCUCGACGGCGCGGGUCGCUGGAUCCUACUCGCUCAUCGCGUCGAAAGCUUUGUAUGCCAUGGCGGCGACGCUCUGGGCGUCGCUGGCCGUCGCGUGUGCCGUGCUCGUGGGCGGCAUGUGCUUCCUCGUCUCGACGCUCUUCGAGAUGUCGCGGCGCGUCAAAGUAGCUUCUCGCGGUUUCGUGAAGGUCGCGCAGUUCACGACUCGUUCCGUGAAGCUCUCGAUCCAAGCUUCCUCGUACGCGGGCCGCGUCGUUGUUGCAAUGUGGACGCGAAUCACAGCCGGUUGUUCGCGGGGCUUCGAAGCUUCUUUAGCGCUCUUCGUCGUCGUCUCCGGCCUGUGCCUCGAGGCCUUCUUGAGAGCUCGAACGGCGGGCGCGGCGCGGGCCGCGCCCUUCCUGCGCAAGCACGCGCCGAUGGCGGCCGACAUGCUCUUCGAGAGUCCGAAGAAGAACGACGACUGCGAGGAGGCGUUGUUGUUGGACCUGUCUCCAUCUGGGGGCUACGGCUCGACGAACGCGCGGGGCGCCGUCGACGCGACGCCCUUGCCCGCACCUCGAUGGGUCCGCGCGUCGCCUUCUUCCUCAAUCGACACGCCGUCGGCGACGCCCGCGCUGCGGCGCCUGGCGUCCCAGUGGGUCGGCGCUACUCCCGAAUCGGCCUGAGUACGGAACUCCCUCCUCCCCGCUUGUCAAGUAAGCCUCCU